AUGGAUAUAUCUUUUAUAAAUAAUUUUCGAAAAAUAAAUGAUGAAGAUGAUCGACUUGUUACAGUAACACUUCUGAUUGAUAUUAUUUCAAAUUUACUGAAUGAUCGAAAUAAUGCUCGAAAUCAUACGUUGCCUGCAAAUUAUAUUCAAGAAACAUUCCAGAAAUAUUCAGCAGCUAUGGAUUGUCUCUUGACAGUUGGAUUUAAACAGGUCAGUGAUGAUUAUGUAUUCGAUCAAACAAUAUCAAAUGAACAGCUGCAAGAACUAGUUAAAUUACUGGAAAAUGAACUUGAUUCAACAUCUAUCGAUCAUUCUAAACAAAUAAAUUCUACAAAUAUAGAUCUUGGAAUCAUUGAUGAUGAAAAAACAAAACAUCAAUUAAUCUCAUUUAAUAAUCUUCAUAUUUCGUCUCAAUUUAAUAAUUUAAUACCAUUUGUAGCAAAAUUAGAACGUGUUCGAUCCUAUGAAGAUAUUAAUCUUCGUCGUUAUAUUCGUUCAUCAAUAAUUCCAUUAGAAGAUUUUAAUAGAAAAAUUUCAAAUCGAAAAUCUCAAAUAGAUAUUGAUAAACGUGAUUUAUUAUUACUUGAAUUAUUAAGAUGGUUUAAAGAAGAAUUUUUCACUUGGUUUGAUCGUCCGAAGUGUGAUCGAUGCAACAUUUUAAUGGACUUUUUUCAAUAUAUUCAACCAACAAGAGAAGAAAGAGAACAAGGUGACGCACAAAAAGUUGAACUUUACAAAUGUUCAACUUGUUUAUCUCAAUAUCGUUUUCCUCGUUUUAAUGCUCCAUUGAAAUUAUUAGAAACUCGUCAAGGUCGUUGUGGUGAAGCUGCUAAUCUGUUCACUUGUCUCAGUCGUUCAUUAUCAUUUGAGAGUCGUUAUAUUUAUGAUACAACUGAUCAUGUUUGGACUGAAGUUUAUUCAGAAAACCAACAUCGUUGGCUUCAUUGUGAUGCAUGUGAAAAUCUUUGCGAUUCUCCACUUAUUUAUGAAAAAGGAUGGAGAAAAAAUUUAUUAUUUUGUAUUGCUUUUGCUAAAGAUCAUAUUGAAGAUGUUACUUGGAAAUAUGUUACAAAUUUUAAACAAACAAUACAAAGAAGAAAUAUUAAUGAAAAAAUAUUUGCUAAAACUAUUUCACGAGUGAAUGAAAAACUUCAGUCACAACUUAAUCAACAAGAAAAAAAUAAAAUUAUUUCUAAUCGAAUAGAAGAUAUUGUUAGCAUGUUAAAUGAAGAAAAGUUGACAAAAGAAAGUGAAUUACAUGGAAGACAAAGUGGUUCACUUGGCUGGAAAUUAGCACGAGGAGAAACAGAUCAGCAAGAUGAUAUAACAAAUGGAUUUAUUUAUUUCAUAAAUAAUGAAGAAUGUGACAAAGAACAAUUUCAUCGAUUUCACAACAUUAAUAUUCAAUGUCCAUCAACAAGUUUUGAUCAGUAUGCUCAAAUUAGUUGCCAAUUACAAUUAGGAGAUGAACAACUUAUUGAUAUACCACAAAAUUCAAAUUCAUCGUUUGAAUAUAUUGUAGAUCAAACAAAACAUUCUUUGUCAAAUCUUCGAAUUCAAUUUAAAGCAAUAUUAACAAGUUCAAAUGAUAAUAAUGAUGAUAAUGCUUGGCAAAAAGCUCAAUUAUUUCGACAAUCAAUAGAGCAAAUAUCCAAUAAUGAUCAUUCACAUUUUCUUAGAAUAAUUGCUACUAUUAUUAAAAGAACAUUUUAA